CAUCAGCACCUCGGCUGAGCAACAGUCCGAAAAGACGGCAAAUGUUGUUUUGAUGGAUGUGGUGCCCCUCUCCAUUGGCGUCGAGGUGGAUGACGGCAAGUUUGAUGUCAUCAUUCGCCGCAAUACCACCAUACCGUAUUGCGCCACGAAGGAAUACAGCACCGUGGAGGACAACCAGGAGGAGGUGGAGGUGCAGGUCUUCGAGGGCGAGCGACCGCUGACGCGCCACAACCACAAAUUAGGUGCUUUCAUUCUGGAUGGCAUCUCACGUGCCAAGAAGGGCGACCCGACCAUCACAGUUACAUUCAGCGUGGACGCGGACGGUAUUCUCACCAUUACCGCCUCCGAGGAACUCGCAAACGUAAAGAAGACACUCAUUGUUGAGAACACCGAGCGCCUCAGCGACGAAGCGGUGCAAAAGAUGAUUGAAGUGGCGCAGAACUUCUCGGCAAAGGAUGCGGUGGCCGUGUCUAUUAUGGACGCAACGCAGCGUCUUACAAGUGGCUUCACAGAACUUGAAACGGCGCUGGCCACGAUGCCACUGCCCCUCUCAAAGAAGUUACGACGGCAUGUGGCGUUUCUCACGCACGGCAAACAAUGGCUUGAGCAGCAGUUGCCGAACUACACAGAAACGCACGCGGUGGAUGUUAAGACAACGAAGAUCAUGAAACUUGUGCAGAAAGCCAUGAAGACACUGCAGCGUGAAUCCCGCAAGGGAACAGAAAACAACAACGAAAGCGACAGCGGUAGCGAUGACGAUGACGACACCAAUGAGAAUGAUGGGGACGCAGUCGGAGGAUCAGGCGGGUCAACACCACGCGACUCCAGUGCAGGGAGAAAGCGCCCGCGCAGUAAUCCAAGGAAUGAUGAGGGCUAG